GGGGGCGGGCCCGAGCCCGUUAAGAGGACCGUGGCGGGCCGCCGGUGCUGCGCGCCCCGCUGAAGCAGAGACCACCCACCCUCGGCGGAGGGGGCAGCGCCGGGGCGCACGCUUGGCACCAUGACCCAGACGCCCGCUUUCGACAAGCCCAAAGUAGAACUGCAUGUCCACCUUGAUGGGGCCAUCAAGCCCGAGACCAUCUUAUACUAUGGCAGGAAGAGGGGGGUCCCCCUCCCUGCCAACACAGCAGAGGAGCUGCAGAACAUCAUCGGCAUGGACAAGCCACUCAGCCUCCCGGACUUCCUGGCCAAGUUCAGCUACUACAUGCCUGCCAUCGCGGGUUCCCGAGAGGCCAUCAAAAGGAUUGCUUAUGAGUUUGUCGAGAUGAAGGCCAAGGAGGGCGUGGUAUAUGUGGAGGUGCGUUACUGCCCACACCUGCUGGCCAACUCUAAAGUGGAGCCAAUCCCCUGGAACCAGGCUGAAGGGGACGUCACCCCGGAUGAGGUGGUGGACCUGGUGGGCCAGGGCCUGCAGGAGGGAGAGCGGGACUUCGGGUCGAAGGUGCGGUCCAUCCUGUGCUGCAUGCGCCACCAGCCCAACUGGUCCCUUGAGAUGGUAGAGCUGUGUAAGAAGUACAGGCAGCAGACUGUGGUGGCUAUCGACCUGGCUGGAGAUGAGACCAUCCAGGGAAGCAGCCUUUUCCCAGGACAUGUGAAGGCCUACGAGGAAGCUGUGAGGAGCGGCGUUCACCGCACUGUCCACGCUGGGGAGGUUGGCUCGGCGGAGGUGGUGAGAGAGGCUGUGGACAUACUCAGGACGGAGAGGGUGGGCCACGGCUACCACACCCUGGAGGAUGACACCCUUUACAACAGGCUGCGGAGAGAAAACAUGCACUUCGAGGUCUGCCCCUGGUCCAGCUACCUCACAGGUGCCUGGAAGCCUGGCACGGAGCACGCGGUCAUCCGGUUCAGAAACGACCAGGCUAACUACUCGCUCAACACAGAUGACCCACUCAUCUUCAAGUCCACUCUGGACACUGACUACCAGAUGACCAAACAGAACAUGGGCUUCCCUGAAGAGGAGUUUAAGAGACUGAACAUCAAUGCAGCAAAGUCCAGUUUCCUCCCAGAAGAUGAGAAGCAGCAGCUUCUUGAUUUGCUCUAUAAAGCCUAUGGGAUGCCACCUUCGGCCUCUGCAGGCUACUACAAGGUGCCUAAUCAUUCUGCUUCUGUGACCGGGCAAACAGGGCAGCACCCCUGAAGAUGUCACAGUCACCUCUCUCCGAGCCCUCAUCCUGUGGAUGGAGUCUUCACAACUCCGUGGGGUCAAGCAACGCUCUCUCCUUCCAGGAAGGCUAUGAUUUCCAUAGUCAGCAACUGACACUCUUGAAGCCUCUGUGCCUGUUUCUACACUCACAUAUACGUUGGCAUGGCCAGAUCUCUCCUGAUUAUGUGCCAGGGCCUGAAUGAAUCUGAAACCCUCCUCCUAUUGUGACUUGUGCUGAAAAUCUGGUGCUCAAUAAAGAAGCUAAGGGCUGGUA